CUGGAGGACGAAGAGGAAGACGACCUUAAUGGUGAAGUGAGGCUUUCUCCUGAUCGAAAUCUGCUUUAUUAGUUAGUUUCUGUUGAUCGGGAAUUCGGAUCGGUUUAAUUGGGCUUCAAAUGGUCACGGAAAUCGAUAGCUUAGAGAAGGGCUUGCUGUCCGGGGCUGGAAUUGAAGAAGAGCCGGUUCUCUAUGCGGCGUCGUUUCAGGAAAUGGAGGACAAUUUCGUCAAGUACCAAACAGCUCAGUGGGUGCUGUACUCGGCGCUGUUGAUAUUGGCGUGGGGGAUGGGGUUGUUCAUGCUGCUCUAUCUGCCGGUCCGGCGGUUUAUUCUGAGGAAGGAUAUCCGGUCCAGGAAGCUUUACUUGACUUCUAGUGCCAUUGUCUAUAAAGUUACGAGGCCGGUGCCGAUUCCGUUUUUCGGGGUGUUGAAGAAGGAGAAGCAUGUUUUGUUGGCUUCGGUGGCUGAUGUUGUGAUCGAGCAAGGAUGUCUGCAGUCUCUCUUUGGGGUCUACUCGCUUAGAAUAGAGCAUGUUGGUGUCAGAAGGCCACCGAGUGAUGAUGUUCAAAUCCACGGCAUUGCCAAUCCAAGUGCUUUUCGGAAGGCUGUCUUAAUGCGCCUUUCGAGCAUGACAAAUGAGGUUUUCUCCAGACAAGUAUCUACAAUUGAAGAUGUUCCAAAUUUGAGGCUUCAGAUGUCCCCAUCAAAAUCUCUCAGGCAUGAUUCAUUUUCAUACCCAGGGGAGCUAACACUACUGCAGAAACUUGAUGAAGUUGGAAGUUCCGUAAAGAGGGUCCAAAGUUUAAUCGAGGAGCAACACUCUCAAACUCCCGAACCUAUAAAAUGAAAGAUGUUGCAGAUACAAGGGAGUGGUAGAGUUAUAAGUUUGUUCCUUCCCCUUUGUCUUAGUUGGACGUUUGGCUCGGCUUAUGAUCCUGAGCUACAUUAUUAGCAACUCAUCGGAAGCAUUAGUGACUGCAUUUCUGUUCGUGCCCGCUGACUAGCCAUCUAUUGUUUUUCAUAUUGGUUUGUAUCCUAUCAUUUGAAGAUACAUAAAUUGACGCAUGUAAAAAAAAAAAUUAUGAUUCCCCUAUAUGAUGUUAUUUUCAUGAAAAAUUUCUCUGCUGUUACAUUUUCUGGCAAUUGUCAUUCAGGUAUAAUUAUUGACCGGAAAAAUUUGAAGCGGCUUUGUAUGUA